UCAAAGGGAGUCACUUGUCGAGCAAUGAAUGGCCUCCCGAGUCCUCGAGGGAAGAGCGAAUGACGGCUUGUUGACCGCACGGAGGCGACUCGUGUUUCUUUUAAAGGGUUUUUUCGGACAAGCGUUUUCAUGUUGUAAGCAGCACACGGCGAAGUCGCCGGCGAGUGGCAUUGUCUACCUUCCGACUUCCCCUUUAAGAGCAGAGCCACCAGCGCGAGUGAGGCUGUGACGUCUCCAAAAAGUGCACCGACUGCCGUGAACUGUUUGAAAGUGGAAGAGUAUCCUGGCGACUUUGCGGGCUGGCGUUUUUUUUUUUUUUUGGUGUGUGUAAGUCAGGGAAAGCCAAAAAAGGUACGAAGCCACUGUCUCCCUCAUCGCGACCCGGCGGGGAGUACACGCCGGCAGAGGAGAGCUCAGAAACACUUAACGUGGGUAGAAGGAGCGACGCGAAGACUCGGAUACAGAAAAGAAAGAGAGACGCGGGGCCAAACCCCAGGAGAAUUCCCAGAAGUUGUGGAGCGAUUGGAGCGUGGAAACAAUAAACGGCAACGGGAAGGGAGCGGGAACCGUGUGUGCCUCUCGUGAGACAGAGAGACGAGACGAGUCGAGUCAAUUUAAAAAAAAAAAAAAAAAAAGGUGCCAGCCUCACCCCCACCCCGAGUGAUUCUUGUCCCCGUCCCGGCACCGGGUUACUUUCGCUAUGUUGUCUAACUCGCAGAACCAGAAUGUGCCAGAGUCAAUGUUCCCAAACCAACAGAAUCAGCAGCAGCAGCAACAACAACAACAGCAACAGCCACAACAUCCAGUUCAGUCAUUUCCCCCUUUUCCUCAAAUCGGUGUGAAACUAGGACUGCAGAUUAAAAAGAAUGCAAUCACAGAUGACUACAGGGUCACCAGCCAGACCCUUGGCUUGGGUAUUAAUGGAAAAGUUUUGGAAAUUUUCUGCAAGAAGACCGGGAACAAAAUGGCCCUGAAGAUGUUACAGGAUUGUCCAAAGGCCCGUCGAGAGGUUGAACUUCAUUAUAGAGCCUCUCAGUGUAACCACAUUGUCAAGAUCUAUGAUGUCUAUGAGAAUCUUUACCAGAGUAGGAAGUGCCUGCUGAUUGUUAUGGAAUGCAUGGAAGCUGGGGAGUUGUUCAGCAGAAUCCAAGAUCGAGGAGAUCAGGCGUUUACAGAAAGAGAGGCUUCUGAAAUCAUGAAGAGUAUAGGAGAAGCUAUUCAGUUUUUGCACUCCAUCAAUAUAGCUCAUAGAGAUGUUAAGCCAGAAAAUCUCCUCUACACAGAGCGAAGGUCGUCAAAACCCAUUUUGAAGCUUACAGACUUUGGGUUUGCCAAAGAAACUACCUCUCAUAAUUCCCUGGCUACACCGUGUUACACACCUUACUAUGUUGCCCCUGAGGUUUUAGGACCAGAAAAAUAUGACAAAUCUUGUGACAUGUGGUCCAUUGGUGUCAUCAUGUACAUCUUACUCUGUGGCUAUCCACCAUUCUACUCCAAUCAUGGGUUGGCAAUCUCCCCUGGGAUGAAAAGGAGAAUCCGCAUGGGACAAUAUGAAUUUCCCAAUCCAGAGUGGUCAGAAGUGUCUGAAGAAGCCAAACAGCUUAUUCGACAGCUGCUCAAGACUGAACCAACACAACGGAUGACCAUCACAGAGUUUAUGAACCACCCAUGGAUCAAUAUGUCUCAGCAAGUACCACAAACUCCACUUCACACAAGCAGAGUUUUGAAAGAAGAGAAGGAUCUCUGGGAGGAUGUGAAGGAGGAAAUGACUAGUGCCUUAGCAACCAUGAGAGUUGAUUAUGAACAAAUCCGAAUCAAGACAAUUGCUGAUUCCUCUAAUCCACUGCUGAUGAAAAGACGAAAGAAAACAAAUGCUGUACCUUCUGAUGCUCAAAGCCAAUGAACAAACCCAAGAAAAAAAAGUAUGUGAUCCCAAGGAAGCAAUAAACUUGAGCUUAUUUGAGAGCGACCACCAUAGAAAUGGAAUAACGUGGAUUUAAGGAAAAGAAAAUCACUCGUAUUAGGGUUUUGUGGUGGUGUGUUUUUUUCCUUUUUCUUCUCCAAAGACUGGUGGAUAAAUAGAUAAGCCCUGUGUUGAAGGGAAAAGAAAACGCCUGAAGAAACAAAAAUGAUUUGGACUCGAGUUCUCCUUGGAUCUCACUUUUGAAUUGCUCUGUAAACAUUUAUCUCUCCGUGGUCCUCUAAAUUUUGCUAAGGAGUUGAAUCAUUUUUAAUAGCUAAAUGUGGAAGGAGAAGGAGAAAUUGUUUUUAAAAUUAGAAUAUAAUAAAUAUAGAUAUAUAUUCACAGUAUAUCAUUUUUUCAAGGGUUCAUUUGUGAAUGAGCCUUUUUUGACCUUGCACAAAAGACAAAGCCAUUUUCAGGAAUUUGGGAACACUGAUUUUAUUUUUUUUAUUUUUUAAAUCACAAUUUAAAGAUUGGGAAGGGUUGUUGUUGAAGAAACUACUUCUUAAAAAGAUGCAUAUGUAUCUUUGAGAAAUGGAGAAGAAAGGUGAAAAAAAGGAAAAAGACUAAUCUGUCUGACUGCAAAGGUAUUUUUGUGUUUUAAAUAUUCACACAAUCUUAUGAACAUAGGUCCAGGUUCCUGAGCUCUUGAAUCAGUAUUGUUACUGGUAAUGUGUUCUUGGAAUCACUGAACACUGCUUUUAAUCAAUUUGCAGUUGCAUUAAAAGUGUAAAGGUUUAUGAACAGUUUCUGCAUUAUAAGGGAGUGAUGUGGGAUCGGUGCUAUGAAUACAGAUGGCUUUACGCAGCAUUUCUUAGGUUUAAAAAAAGUGGAGCAUGUACUUAAUUACAAGAUACAUCAGUCACUUUUAAAAGAUUGCUGAGGGGCACUGGGCAUCUUUGUUUCUUAAAAUGAGGGUUUAUUUUUACUAGUGUCUGGAGAGUAAGAGUAAAGCCCCCACCUUUUUUUGGUUUCCUUCAACUGACUGUUCAUAAAAUAUUUUGUAUUUAACCACUGUAACUGUUUAAAUCAUUAAACUAUAUGUCACAAAUGAUCAUGCUGAAGCACAGGUCUCCAUAAAAGAUUAAUUAUCACUGCUUCUGCACAGGCCUAGUAGAGGUUAUGUGCAGAAAUCACAUAUUUUGAAACGGCCUUAAAGUUAUUCUUCACAGUAGCCUUUGUAGUUCUAGUUUCUGUGUGCUGCAGUCGCAGAAACCUGGGCCGCAGUAACUUCAUGUGAUCAUUAUUUUUUAUGUGCACCUGUGUCUUCGAACUCUCCUCUGCCUUGUGCUUUACUGGUCUAUAAACUAAGCCAGCAGCUGGCUUUUAACUAUAUUUUUCUACUGUAUUCAAAUCCAUCCUGUGAACUAUUACUUAAGAAAGGCUAAAUUAAUUUUGGUGUCUGAAUUUUUGUAUUCUACAUUGCUUGACAGCAGGACUUUGCUUCUCAAGUGUAUGUAUGAUUGAAAUAAUUUUGUUUCAUGUCAAGCUGCUGUACUGAUGUCCAGACCUGCUUUUACUUUGAAUUAAAUACUUUUAAAACUGUUAA